UAUAUAGUUGGUGGUGUUCACAUACAUUAUGACUAUGGUUUGCUUCACCAUUACCAAGUCUAUAUUCCCUGACUUGUCUUUACCAAAGGACUUGAUAUGUAAGAAACAACAAUAUGUAAAAAACAUACUUAUAAUGUUCCUGAUUCUGAAUGAGAGGAACAGACAGGGUAAAACAAACAGAAGCUCAAAUCAAUUCACCAUCUUUCAACCCUAUAUCUCUGUGAUCAUUAGAAUGUCUGUCAACAUGUCUAGUCUAGCAGUACAUGAUUCGAAUGAAUUCAGAGAAAAUACGAUUGAGGAAUACUUUUUGUCGUUUUAUUUUGCCAUAGAAAAAAUAU